AGCACCUCACCUGACUCACCUUACAGCCGCUCUGUAACUCAAUGCCAGCGGACAGAGGCACCUGGAAAUAAGUUGUUUCUGUCAGAGACCUGUGCGUCUCUUCGGAGUCCUACAGCCCAGCUGUAUGCUGACAUGGAGCCAGCGUACCGGGGUCUGGGCCGCUGUGUGUGCUGCUUCUGGCUCGCAGUAGCCUUUGACAUUGUGGGACUGGUUGUGCUGCUCAUCGGGGUGUUUGUGAACAUAUUUUUCUAUGACCUGCUCAUCUAUGCGGGAGCCAUCGUCAUCUUCCUCAGCCUCAUCUGGUGGGUGUUCUGGUACUCUGGGAACAUCGAGGUGCCCCCGGCGGAGCUCGAGGAUGAUGUCGGGUUACUGAAGAAGGACAAGGGCGCUCUGGGCGGCAUCAGCGGCGCGGUGAGGCGCCUCUCCAGCCGAGUGUCCAGCGGCAUCAGGAACUCGUUCCGGAGGAACGGAGGACCGUCUAGCAGCCACACGGACCAUACGCACAGGUCAGCCGGAGAGCCUCCGCGGGCCCCGCAAGCGGAGCAGGUGGCUGUUGCCAUGGCAACGUUGACCCCACGGGAGGAUACCCCGCACACGGCUGUCUCUUCAGUGGCGGGCUGUGACGUAGAAAUGCCGCACACAACAACAGAGACUUCACCUACAUAGUGUAGGCCGACAGAGACGGGAGAGAGCCUGUCCUACAGUGUCUUCAGCUGAUGCUCAACUUUUUUGUACUGUUUGUGUUUAUGAGAAAUUCUUCAUAACUGAUGAUAUUUGGAAGAUGUGUUGUUGAGUCUUUAAUAAAUGUCUUAUUACAUGUA